UAGGCUGAAAACAUAUCUGUUUAGUCAAGCCUUUUGUUAAUGGUGUUUAUGAGGUAAAGGAGUAGAUCUGGAGGGUCCUCAGACAGUGUUUUGGUAAACUGGGAUGUAUGGAUGCUGUCAGUCCCCACUCGCUUGCUCACUCGAGUUUGUUGAUGGUGUAGUGGCUGGCUGCUUUAUGUCCCGGGGCUCCCUCAUGCCUGUGUUACCUUUUGGCUCCCUCCUUUUAGUUAUGCUGUCAUAGUUAGUUGCCGGAGUCCCUGCUUGUACUCGGUGCAAUAUGUAUACUGUUCCUACUUAUUCAGGUGACAUUGGGCAUACCUAACCAUCUGUAUUUUCUUUCCCUCCCCCCACCCCAAAUCUGUCCCUCUGAGUUACAUGGAGUCAACAGGAAAUCUUUUGGUGGAGAGGGUAGAGACCUCGACUGGCUAUCGUAGCCUGCAGGGAAUCGGCCGUCAGACAUUGUCGCAUGUCCCAGACCCGGUGAAAUGUAACUGAAUUGUCUUGGCCAGCCCUAAGGGUCCCAUCUGCAUCUCAUCAUUGCUGAGGAGUGUGCUCCCAUCACCCAAUCAAGCAUCCAGCCAGAGCAGGUCAUGAUAUAUUUUACCAUAUUAACAUGCCAUUGUUGUGUGUUAUGCCUGAUGUAAAGACUCUCGUCUCUGCGAGCCUACCACACAGAUUUAAUACUUGUCAUUUUUAGGGCAUACCUAACAACGUGUUUUCUUUCUCUCUCUCUCUCUCUCUCUCCCCCCCCAAUCUGUCCCUCUGAGUUACAUGUUGAUCCUGGGAUUGAGAUGCUGGCCUCUUCUGCCCCUCAGACCUGCUUGAUCCAUCCUGGUGCCCUGUGUCUGGUCGGAGUUUUAUCGCAUCGCUCCUGUGAAGGACGGCCCCAUGAGGAAAGUUGAGGGUUAUACCUGUUAAAACUGUUAAUAUUAUAGUCAGGCUGUCUGGUGUUGCCCAAAUGAGGAUGGGUUCCCUUUUGAGUCUGGUUCCUCUCGAGGUUUCUUCCUCAUGUCGUCUGAGGGAGUUUUUCCUUGCCACCGUCGCCACAGGCUUGCUCAUUGGGGAUAGAUUAGGGAUAAAAUUAGCUCAUGUUUUAAGUCAUUCAAAUUCUGUAAAGCUGCUCUGCGACAAUGUUUAUUGUUAAAAGCGCUAUACAAAUAAACUUGAUUUGAUUUGAUAUCUGGAAAGACCAGCUCACUGGCACAUAUGUGCCCAAACUGUGAGUCAAAUCUCACAGUAGAAGCUGAAAUAAGAAAGAAUGAAAGCAAACCCUUUCAAUGGCACUAUUAAAAGGGGGAAUGGCAACUAACCAUGCCUGUUUCUUAAAUAUAUACCAUAUUUUGUUUAAUUAAGGGUAAUUUUGCCCAAAUCUCAAAACAUGACAACAUGAAAUAAGCAUGCGGCAGCAGAGUGACAGUGUACAAGUGGCAGGGGGAAACGGCACAAAGUGGCAUCUGUUUCAGAGAUUGAACUCUGAGGCGAUCCUAGCUUGGUAGUACAGUAUGAAGAAGAGGCAACAUCAGAUGCUGUUUUUAGUGGGUGUAGUAGCCUGGGUGCUGCUCUUCUUUAUUGUCUUCUACCAGAGCACAGACUCUAACUUGAUUUUCUUCCACGCUUAUGUACCCUUCACUUCUGUCUGGGGCAGCAUGAGGCCCAUUGUUGCCCCAUAUGUGGAAAACAACACCAGCACUGAACAGCUAAAUUUGAGUGUAGAUGAGUCUUGGGCAGAUAAAGUGCUUAGAGGACUAUGGAUGGGCUGGGCAUCUUCUGACAUGCUAAGUUCAGAUCUUCAGAAUGCCAAGAAGAACUAUACUACUAUCAACCAAUACAAGGUGAACUACACAGGACACUGGAAGAAGCAGAGGGACAGGAAGAAGCUCCUAUGCCAUUUGAAGCAGCAGUACCUGUUCAGGACACUGAAUGGAUCUGAGGAGCCCUUCGCCAGCCUGGGAUGGCAGACGCUGGUGCCUCAUCAACCUUUGGAACAGGCUAUUAAUGGCCCCUACAGGACAUGUGCUGUGGUUUCCUCGGCUGGUGCCAUUCUCAACUCAUCCCUGGGUACAGAGAUUGAUUCUCAUGAUGCUGUAGCUCGGUUCAAUGCUGCUCCAACUGAGGGCUAUGAGAAUGAUGUGGGCAGCAAGACCACCAUCCGCAUCAUCAACUCACAGAUUAUGGCUGAUCCACAGCAUAGGUUUACUGAAAGUCAUCUCUUUAAGAAUAUUACACUUGUGGCAUGGGACCCUGGUUCAUAUUCUGGCAACCUUGAAAAGUGGUACAAGAACCCAGAUUAUGACCUGUUCACAUCAUAUAUUGAGCACAGAAAGAGAUUUCCAUCACAGCCCUUCUACAUCCUGGAUCCAGCCUUCCUCUGGAACCUGUGGGACAUUCUUCAGAGCAACACAGAAGAGAACAUCCAUCCCAAUCCACCCUCAUCAGGAUUUAUAGGCAUCAUUUUGAUGAUGAGCAUUUGCAAGAAUCUUGAUGUCUACGAGUUCAUCCCAUCCAAAAGACAGACAACUCUGUGCCACUACUAUGACCAAUCCCAUGACUUUGCCUGCACAUUGGGAGCAUAUCACCCACUGCUUUAUGAGAAGCUCCUCAUCAGAAGAUUGGCCACUGUUUCUUUGGAAGAACUUAUGACAAAGGGCAAGGUCACUCUCCCAGGAUUUAGUCAAAUAACCUGCUCAGAAAACCAAGAGAUAGCAGCAUAAACUCAGAGCUCAUUUAAAACCACUUCUUUAGUAAUAGCUUUAUUCUGGUCAGGGUCAUGGUGAACACAAACACUGGGCACAAUUGGGCAGGGAUACACUCUGGAUGGCAUGAGUGGAUUGCCCAUUGGGAAUACCGGGAGUUUUACUGAUUGGCCGCUAGACAAUUGGGCCAAUAAACCAUUAAAGUUGAGACAAAAAAAUGGGGUUGAAAAUCAAUUGGUGUGCACCUUGAUCGACUGACCUAUAGUGUUGUGUGGUUACUGGCCCAGAUGGGGUGGGGCAGGGCCAUUUUAACAUGAUUGGCUAUGGUCAACAAAAUAGUUUCACAUAUACCUACCUCAUAGCCAGUUAACUUCAGUCCACAUGGGUCUAUCCCACCCCCUUUCCCAUUGAUGUUAUCAAUUAGACACUCCACCACAAAACUUAAAGGUUCUGUCUGCAAAAUUGAAUUCUGGGCAAAAAUGCUAUAUUUCUAUUGCUAUUGGAGUUUCAAGAUGUUUUGUGUUGAUUUGAGUUGAAAUUGAUGAGUUGUGCUGCUGCACACACCAUGUAUCCUAUGUGUAAAUGUGUUGCUGAGAUGAAAUGCAUCCUGCAUUUUACGAUUCCAGAGAUUGCUGAAGCAAGUGAGUAACAAUAUCAUGUGACCACCGUAAGGGGAGUUUGACCUACUUUUAACCAAAACAAGUCAGCAGGGGCAAACAUGGCGGACUCUGCUCUCCCUAUAGCUAAAAGCCAGCAGAAAAGAAAAAUAAAAUAUGAAAGCAAAUCAGCUAGAAAGCA